CCGUGCCCAUCUCUAUUGGGCUGUGUAGACGUUAGCAGCUGGCCGUACUCGUGCCGUUUAAAAGCCGAAAUUUCAUCAAUUUGAUUUCAAUUGCAAGCGAACAACCUGCGACCAUGUCAAUAAAGCUCAAAGCUAACCUCAACAAUCCGCCCAUAAGUGGCCUGGCGACGGCGCAUCUAAUCAAUGGCACGGUGCCCGUGGAGAUAGUAUGGAGCAAGGAGGAGACUUCCCUUCAAUUCCCGGAUAAUCGCCUGUUGGUGUGCCACUCCAACAACGAUGUGCUCCGCGCCCUCGCUCGCGCUGCUCCGGACUACAAGCUGUACGGAGAGACGGCCAUCGAACGAACACAGAUUGAUCACUGGCUGUCUUUCUCACUGACCUGCGAGGAUGACAUAUCCUGGGCACUCUCCUUCCUGGACAAGUCCAUUGCCCCGGUGACGUACCUGGUGGCCAACAAGCUGACAAUCGCCGACUUUGCACUGUUCAACGAGAUGCACUCGCGCUAUGAGUUCCUCGCCGCCAAGGGCAUUCCUCAGCACGUGCAGCGCUGGUAUGACCUCAUCACCGCCCAGCCGUUGAUCCAGAAGGUGCUGCAGUCCCUGCCAGCGGAUGCUAAGGUUAAGAGAAGUCCACAGUCUUCCAAGGAGCAGACACCAGCCAAAACAGGCGAGCGCAAGCAGGAGGGCAAGUUCGUGGACCUGCCAGGUGCCGAGAUGGGCAAAGUGGUUGUGCGCUUCCCGCCAGAGGCCUCUGGCUAUCUGCACAUUGGUCACGCCAAGGCAGCGCUGCUGAAUCAGUACUACGCUCUGGCGUUCCAAGGAACGCUGAUCAUGAGAUUCGAUGACACGAAUCCCGCCAAGGAGACGGUCGAGUUCGAAAAUGUCAUUCUCGGCGAUCUCGAGCAGCUGCAGAUCAAGCCCGACUUAUUUACGCACACCUCAAACUACUUCGACCUCAUGCUCGACUACUGUGUCCAGCUGAUCAAGGAGAGCAAGGCCUAUGUGGAUGAUACCCCUCCGGAGCAAAUGAAGCUGGAGCGUGAACAACGUGUGGAAUCCGCCAAUCGCUCUAACUCUGUCGAGAAGAAUCUUUCGCUGUGGGAGGAGAUGGUUAAGGGCUCUGAGAAGGGUCAAAAGUACUGCGUGCGCGCCAAGAUCGACAUGAGCUCCCCCAACGGAUGCUUGCGCGAUCCCACAAUCUAUCGCUGCAAGAACGAGCCACAUCCUCGCACGGGAACCAAAUACAAGGUGUACCCCACCUAUGACUUUGCCUGCCCCAUUGUGGACGCCAUCGAGAAUGUGACCCACACCCUGCGCACCACUGAAUACCAUGACCGAGAUGAUCAAUUCUACUGGUUCAUUGAUGCCCUGAAGCUGAGAAAACCGUACAUCUGGUCAUACAGUCGACUGAACAUGACCAACACUGUGUUGUCCAAGAGGAAACUUACCUGGUUUGUGGAUUCCGGUCUGGUUGAUGGCUGGGAUGAUCCUCGCUUCCCAACGGUGCGUGGUAUCAUCCGUCGCGGCAUGACUGUGGAGGGUUUAAAGGAGUUCAUCAUUGCCCAAGGCAGCAGUAAAUCCGUAGUGUUCAUGAACUGGGAUAAGAUCUGGGCCUUCAACAAGAAGGUCAUCGAUCCCAUUGCUCCUCGUUACACAGCCUUGGAGAAGGAUAAGCGCAUUAUUGUUAAUGUGGCUGGCGCUAAGGUGGAAAGGAUCCAGGUAUCCGUGCAUCCCAAGGAUGAAUCACUUGGCAAGAAGACCGUCUUGUUGGGUCCCCGCAUCUACAUCGACUACGUUGAUGCCGAAGCCUUGAAGGAGGGUGAAAAUGCCACGUUCAUUAACUGGGGCAACAUUCUCAUCAAGAAGGUUAACAAGGAUGCAUCUGGAAACAUAACUUCCGUUGAUGCUGCCCUCAAUUUGGAGAACAAGGACUUCAAAAAGACUCUUAAACUCACCUGGUUGGCUGUGGAAGAGGAUGCCAGUGCCUAUCCACCCACUUACUGCGUUUACUUUGAGAAUAUCAUUAGCAAAGCUGUUUUGGGCAAGGACGAGGACUUUAAGCAGUUUAUUGGCCACAAGACCCGUGAUGAGGUUGCCAUGCUGGGCGAUCCAGAACUGAAGAAGUGCAAGAAGGGCGAUAUCAUCCAGUUGCAGAGACGUGGCUUCUUCAAGGUCGACGUCGCCUAUGCUCCGCCCAGUGGAUACACCAGCGUUCCUUCUCCCAUUGUUUUGUUCUCUAUUCCUGAUGGACACACGAAGGAUGUGCCAACUUCCGGCCUAAAAGUGAAUGCUCCGGAAGCCAAAACGACGAAAAAGGCAUCCUCACCUGUAAGUUCUUCCGGUCAAGCUUCCGAAUUGGACAGUCAAAUUACCCAGCAAGGCGAUCUGGUCCGAGAUCUGAAAUCCAAGAAAGCUGCCAAGGAUCAAAUCGAUGUUGCUGUGAAGAAGCUGCUCGCCCUGAAAGCGGAUUACAAGUCAGCUACUGGAAAGGAUUGGAAACCGGGGCAAACUCCUGCUCCUUCUGCAUCUGUACCUGCCGCCAGCUCAUCCCCUGCCAACGACGCCGUUUCCGUUAACGCCAGUAUUGUCAAGCAAGGCGAUUUGGUCAGAGAUCUGAAGGGAAAGAAGGCUAGCAAACCGGAGAUUGACGCUGCUGUUAAAACCCUUCUUGAACUCAAGGCUCAGUACAAAACUCUCACCGGUCAGGAUUGGAAGCCAGGCACUGUACCACCCACUGCCGCUCCAGCUGCAACUCCUGCUCCAUCUGCCGCCGCUGCCAACGAUUCGGUGGCCCAAAUUCUUAGCCAAAUCACUGCCCAGGGUGACAAAGUCCGGGAACUAAAGUCAGCUAAAGCCGAUAAGGCCACCGUUGAUGCUGCAGUAAAGACGCUGCUUAGCUUGAAGGCUGACUACAAAGCAGCCACCGGCAGUGACUGGAAGCCAGGCACCACAGCUCCAGCUCCCGCAGCAGCAGCAGUAAAAGUCAAACAGGAGAAGAAUCCGGAGCCAGCUUCUGGCCCUGCGGUAAACACACUGCUUGACAAGAUCGCGCAGCAGGGUGAUAAAAUUCGUCAAUUGAAAUUGGCGAAAUCGGAGAAAUCUCUUGUGGAAGCUGAGGUUAAACUUCUGCUGGCUCUAAAAACGGACUACAAAUCCCUAACGGGUCAGGAGUGGAAACCAGGCACUGUGGCACCCGCUCCCACAACUGUUGCCGUUGUAGAUCUCACUGGUGGAGAUUCCGGCAGUGACGUCGGCAGUGUCUUGAGCAAGAUUCAGGCACAAGGCGAUAAGAUCCGGAAACUAAAGUCAGAGAAGGCAGCCAAGAACGUUAUCGAUCCUGAGGUUAAGGCUCUGCUGGCCCUUAAAGCUGAAUACAAGACGCUGAGCGGUAAGGACUGGACACCAGACGCUAAGGCUGAACCAGCUGUUGUAAAAAAAGAAGCUAGCCCCGUUUCGAUGGCAUCGCCGGCUAAGGAUGAACUCACCCAGGAGAUUAAUGCUCAGGGGGAGAAGGUACGCGCCGCGAAGGGUAAUAAGGUAGCCAAGGAAGUGAUCGAUGCUGAAGUGGCCAAGUUGUUGGCACUCAAGGCCAAGUACAAGGAGGUCACGGGCACCGAUUUCCCUGUUGCAGGUCGCGGAGGUGGCGGCGGAGGAGGAGGUUCAGCCAAGAAAGCGCCAAAGGACGCGCAACCAAAGCCAGCCAAGCCAGUGAAAAAGGAGCCUGCAGCCGAUGCGUCCGGAGCUGUAAAGAAGCAAACCCGUCUGGGUCUGGAGGCUACCAAGGAGGAUAACUUGCCCGACUGGUACUCGCAGGUUAUCACCAAGGGUGAGAUGAUCGAAUAUUACGACGUUUCUGGAUGCUACAUUCUGCGUCACUGGUCCUUCGCCAUUUGGAAAGCCAUUAAGACUUGGUUCGAUGCUGAGAUUACACGCAUGGGCGUCAAGGAGUGCUACUUCCCCAUCUUCGUUUCUAAAGCGGUGCUGGAAAAGGAGAAGACGCACAUCGCGGACUUCGCGCCGGAGGUGGCCUGGGUCACCAAGUCCGGUGACUCUGAUUUGGCCGAGCCAAUCGCAGUGCGUCCUACCUCCGAGACCGUCAUGUACCCCGCCUACGCGAAAUGGGUACAGUCCUACAGGGAUCUGCCGAUUCGUCUCAAUCAGUGGAAUAACGUUGUCCGCUGGGAAUUCAAGCAGCCAACUCCUUUCCUGCGUACCCGCGAGUUCCUGUGGCAGGAGGGUCACACCGCUUUCGCCGACAAGGAAGAAGCCGCCAAGGAGGUGCUAGACAUCCUCGACCUUUAUGCCUUGGUGUACACCCAUCUGCUGGCUAUUCCUGUAGUCAAGGGCCGCAAGACUGAGAAGGAGAAGUUCGCGGGUGGUGACUACACCACCACCGUGGAGGCUUUCAUCUCGGCUUCAGGACGUGCCAUUCAAGGAGCUACCAGCCACCAUUUGGGUCAGAAUUUCUCCAAGAUGUUCGAAAUCGUGUACGAGGACCCUGAAACGCAGCAGAAGAAGUACGUUUACCAGAACUCCUGGGGCCUAACUACUCGCACGAUUGGCGUGAUGAUCAUGGUGCAUGCGGAUAACCAGGGCCUGGUGUUGCCCCCACAUGUUGCCUGCAUUCAGGCCAUUGUGGUGCCAUGCGGCAUCACCGUUAACACCAAGGAUGACGAGCGGGCGCAGCUGCUAGACGCUUGCAAGGCCCUUGAGAAGCGCCUUGUCGGCGGUGGAGUUCGUUGCGAGGGUGACUAUCGGGACAACUACUCGCCCGGCUGGAAGUUCAAUCACUGGGAACUGAAGGGCGUGCCGCUGCGCUUGGAAGUGGGUCCCAAGGACCUGAAGGCCCAACAACUGGUGGCCGUGCGUCGCGACACUGGCGAGAAGAUCACCAUACCGCUGGCCGAUGUGGAGAAGAAGAUCCCCGCGCUGCUCGAAACAAUACAUGCGAGCAUGCUUAAGAAGGCAGAAGAGGAUCUGACCAGUCACACGAAAAAGGUGACCAACUGGACGGACUUCUGUGGUUUCCUAGAGCAGAAGAAUCUCCUUCUGGCUCCCUUCUGCGGCGAGAUCAGCUGCGAGGACAAGAUCAAGGCGGACAGCGCCCGCGGCGAAGAGGCCGAGCCAGGAGCUCCGGCGAUGGGUGCCAAGUCGCUGUGUAUUCCCUUCGAUCAGCCAGCGCCCAUUGCGGCAAGCGAUAAGUGCAUCAACCCCAACUGCACCAACAAGCCCAAGUUCUACACGCUCUUUGGACGAAGCUACUAGAAAAUGAAAGUGAAGCCAGGCUUCGUUGCUUAUCUAAAUCAUUUUUUUAACAAAUGAAUUCGAUUGGUUAGGAUCGAUUGACCUAUAUGUACUCUGAUUUUCACAAAAACUUACUAUUCAUUUUAAAUUGAUUAAAUGUUUAAAUUGAAAACCAUAAA